GAAAUUGUCAGUAUUGAUACCUCGCGGGCAAGUCAGUGAACAAGUUUAACUUACUACACUCGGAUAUUUCAGGUGUAUGAAGCCCUUGCUUUCAGAGAAAUAAUGAAAAACACAGGACAAAUGACUCCAAUUCAGUUCCUACAGCUUUCAUCAAUUAGAGUUUUUCAGAAAGGUUCGCUCACAUCCGAGAGAAGCGAUUUAAACAACCCGCGUGCAUCAUGUCGGAAAAAUCAAGGCUAUCUGCAAUAGUUCGUUACUUUAGAACGCUGAAGAAGAUGGCCAUCAGGAAUACGAAACAAACUGUGAUUCUCGACCGCGAAAUUGUGGAUAAAAUACUUCGGCCAAUCCACGUUCUGACAGCUUUUAUCGGACACAAGAGCAAACAUCAUCCGAUCCUCGGCACGUUGGGGCUGAUACUUUGGGUCGUGAAUUUAGUCUGCCACUUUUCGCUUGACUUUUACGAAGCUGCUCAUAUUUUUGGUUGGGCGUGGGCUACAGCAAUAGGGUUGUUCUUCAUUUCGUUCAGUUCGGGAACAUACUUUUUAGUCCGAGAUACACUUCCAUGGCUGGAAGAUGGACUGGAGAUUUUGAACGUGGAUGGAAAUUUUUCCGAGACGUUGGAAAAGGCGCGUGGCAUCGCGGCAAAACUGCCGUGGUUAUUGCCCGUAGCCAGCAUAUUGGCGGCAUGUGGUCAAUACGUGUGUUAUUUCAUCGACAACGCCGUACAGCUUGAGAUAGGAAAGCCCUGGUUAUCAGUCCUGCUCAACAUCGUAAGAGUGCUUAGUUUACUUCACGUACUGUAUGGCUAUAUAUUGUUCCUUGUUAUCAUCCUGUUCACUAUGUAUGUCACUGGAGCCUCCAUGAAAGAAUUCAGAGAUGGUGUGGAGGGAGAGUUUCGUGAACCGAAUGUCAGACUGACCUUCCGUGAAGCAGUGCAGUUGUUUGAACAUCGGUCACAGUUUAUUAGAAGAUCAUCAGAUGCAUGUUUGUUCAUGUUGUGUAAUCUCGUCCUGACCACCGUUCUGUCAUUUGUCAUCAACGGCUACAACUUUCUUUUCUUCAAUCGCCGAGCCAUCUACUUGUGGUUUGCACUAGUACCCUCGAUCUGGAGUGUAGCACCGUUGAUCUUAGCAGCGUGGGCUACAGAGAAUUACCAGGCCUACGUGGCAUCUGUCGUGAGAUCCUGGGGUGAGCACCCAGAAUCGGACGAAAGCGAGUCUGAGGAGGAAGAUAUGGAAGAAUACCAAGAAGCUAUGAAGAAACUGAGAGUAAACCGCUCACGCAGCGUUUUGAUAGCCAGCACAAAUUUACUGAAGACUCUUAAGCGCAAGAGACUUAUUCUGCGCCAGGACAGACGCAUGUCACUUGCAGCCCAAAGGCGGGAAUCUCAAGUAAGCGAAUCCAGACCCUCUCUGACAAUCGAUGAUCAGUCGCCAAACGUUAAUUAUCGAAAUCUCCUUGAAGUUCAAAACCCGUUGCGAUUGAUCGAUAUGGAGACGGGAGGCGAGGAAGAUACCUUUUCGGAGUCACGACUGCCUUCGACUUGCGUCGUGAAUUCGGGUUUCACGAUGAACUCAAUGAACGGUGGCAAUGUUCAGAACAAAUCAAGCAAGAAAAGCAAAUUUAAUUUCAAGUCGUAUGUUAUGUACUUACAAGGACUUAUCAAGGAGGUGGGUUUUUCUGUCGGAGGAAUGAUCCUUUCUUGGGAAAAGGUGUCCAGUAUCGGUAUUUUGUGGGUGUCAGUGUUGGCGAUCUUUAUCCAAGAAAUCGUGUUUGGAAACAGAAAGAGCACGCUGCUUACAUGAGUAAGAUAAAACAACCGCUGUACAUACAUGCGGUGUGACCCUACAAAUAUUUAUUGAUGUGUGGAAAAGUCGUCAUAGAGAUGAGUAAACCUAGAGAAUUAACUGUCACAGUUUACCCCCGGAAAAGAGGCACUUUAAGGUCAAAAAGUGCGCCAAUCCAAGAUCAAACAUGAGGCGAGAAAUGGCCAAAAAGCUAUGACGUAUACCACAGAAACAAACAAUUACUCAAAUCACAUCAUGGAGUAAAUCAAUUGCAAGUGCAUGGAGUAAAUCAAUUGCAAGAGCUGAAGAACCUUCGCUAGUGUUCCACCCAGCGAACCAAACACUGUAAUACCUAGCCAACUGGUCGUUUUCGUCUACUUACCUCCAGGUUGAAAUCAAAUAAAUAUUUAACAGCGCGUUUUGAAAUUUCAGAGACGAUUUAUGCGACUUGUAGUGCUUCUAACGUACUCCACUACUUAACGUAAUGGCUAGUAACUAACAUGAGUGGAUGGACGGUGGUUUAGUGGCUAACUAAAUUACCAAAUCAUAGAGGUAAUAUCAAAGAAAUCAAAGAGCAGUAACUCUUUUUUUAAAGAAAUUGAAAAGUAAAAACAGAAAAAAACACUGAACAAAUUGAGAUAAAUCAAAACAAAGUGAAAAAAACACCUGGAAUGAAAAAAAAAUUUAAAAAAACACUAGGUGUGAAUGCAAAUCACAAUUCGUUGCUUAGAAUAUUCAUGGUUGCUGGUUAGUUUUCGAGUUCAAAAUGAGCCCUUAGACAUAUGCAUCGAUCACUCAGAACCACAGAUUUCUCUCUAACUGGCGUGACAUGAAAAUUCCAUCAAAAUCCGAUAAGAUUCAGGAGGCUGUUGAGUCCAAUAGUUCGUGUGAUUUGUGAACUGUUUUAAUAUUUGUUAGAGGAGGAGCACAAUAGUUCUAAGCCUUUUAACCAACCCGCACAAGUAAUAGAGCCUGAAAUAAUUUUUAGCAGCAUUCGCUUCCACUUGUUUUGAAUCCAGCGUUAGAUUAAUAUUACUCUUUUAAACUUUAAGCAUAGGGUGAAAACACAGUUUCAUAACCAAUGUAUUUCAUACUUCAUACUUCAUACUUCAUAAACUAUUACCUGACGGAGGAACUUCAAAAUAUUUGGAAUCUUUUUCUUAACUUGUCUUGGAUCCUCGCUGCAAUUUAUGACUAAAUAAUUCAAUUGUCACUUUUGCCUAAGGUCUAAAAUAAAAUAUAUUAUAAUAAAAUCAAAGUCAGUUCUGGUA